AUGCUUGUGCCUACAGAACUCGCUAAAGUCGAGAAAUUCGUGGUCGGUUUGAACUACGAGGCGCGAAAAGCUUUGACUGUGAGUAGGCCAAGUUCUCUUAAGGACGCUUACGUGUGUGCUGCUGAUCUGUAUCGCGUGCAGCAGCUUCAGAGACGAUCGUACGAGCAAGCUAUGAAGAGGACUGAAGGCGGAGGUUCUUCUACCUUUAAGAAGCCACGACCGAGUUUUCAGGCUAAGAACGUGUCAUCUUCUUCUCAAGGACCUAAAAGGAUGGAGCAAGGGGAUCAAGCUAAGUUGUUUCCGUGCCGAAGAUGUGGGAAGCAAAAAGUUAUUCACACUCCCACCAACGUCGUCCUCUUCUCACCACAGCACAGCGCAGCCACCACCGCACCCCUUCCCACCGCCGCACAGCACAGCCACCUCUGCCCCCGACGCCGUCCUCUUCUUCUCACCACAGCACAGCCACCGCACAGCACACCUUCCUGCCGCCGCGCCGCCGCACCGCCGCACCGCCGCACCAAAGAAGUGGAGUCACAAUACACUGGUGCCAGGAUCGAGGGAGAUGUUGUAACUUUAGAUUUUGUGAAGAAAAUGAUGGAGGACUUCAAAAGCCAAAAGAACUUACAUAGAAGAUAUGCAUACCAAAUUGUGCUGCAAGCAUUGCCCUCACUUAUUGACAUCAAUGUUCCUGAGGGGAAGCAUUUCACUGUAUGUGGUGAUGUACACGGUUAGUUCUAUCAUUGUUCUGGCAAAGAACUUGUAUUCUUUUUGCAGUCAGAUGAUGAUUGUUGUAAUUCGUGUGAAGAAGUUCGUGAAGCAUACAGAAAAAGAGGCUGGGCGAUCAGAAACCCA